GUAAUGAAGGGAAUUCAUCCCUACAAACAGAAACCCGAAUUGGUCUAUCCAAAGGUAAAUUUAUUUUUUAAACAAUGUUAUUUUGUAACUUGCAAUUUCAUUUUGUUACUACAUACGAUUCUUUUCAUAUUUUACAAGUGUCGCCAACAAUCGGGAGGUGUUGAACGCGGGUAUUUUGUUAUGAGAUAUAUGUUGGAAAUCAUCACACUUGACGUUACUAACAACUUUGAUAAG